GUCACCUGAGCCAGGACACAGCCGGCCAGAUGGUUGCCUCUUAAACGGACCUUUUUAUGCCUGAAAUUAGUGUUGUCGUGAAACCUUACGAAGUUUGUUUGCCUGCUACGUCGUUAAACGUCAAGACGGGCGACCAAAGGACUUACCCAACGGAAGGAUCUGGAAGAGCUGGUGGCCAGGAUGUGGAGGAUCCAAAAGGAUCCUGCCUCCUUUGGACCUAGUUCGCAUUGCAUCAGAAGCAGUUUCUCAGGACAUUUGCCAGCCUAAACAUCCCACAGAUGUAUAGAAAUUAAGGAACUUUGGAUAAUAACAGGUACACACUGGAACUCAGCAUUUUGCCACAAAAGGUAACUUCACACUGCACCAGUGAUUUUUAAUGGAUGGAACCAAAUGCUAUAAAACAUCGAUUCCUUUCCCGAUCCACCGAUGAGGCACAAGGUCCUUAUGGUUGAGGUGGUGUGUGGUACCUCUUGCGAUGCCUCCAGCCAUGACAGACGACCUGGACAUAUGGGCAGACCAUUCGCCCUUGGCUGGCCAUGCCCCGGAUCAAGUCACGGUGGACUUUCUUCUUCCCACCGGUAUCUACAUUCAAAUGGAUGUUCCACGCGAGGCUACCUUUCAACAUAUCAAACUGCUUUUAUGGAAACAGGCUCAGACAUUCCCAUUGUUUACUGUCUUGGGCGACAUGGAAAGUCACAUGUUCGAAUGUGUCAACCAGACAGCCGUACACGAAGAACUAGAAGAUGAAACUCGCAGACUUUGUGAUGUUCGUCCUUUCUUACCGGUUCUCAAGUUGGUGACGCGCAACUGUGGCCAAGCAGAACGGCUGCUGGAUUCAAAGAUUGGUGUGCUUAUUGGCAAAGGUCUUCAUGAACUUGAUGGCAUGGAUGACCAGGAAGUAAAGGACUUUCGCUGUAAAAUGUCUCGCAUCAGUGAAGAAAGAAUGCAACGUCUCCAGAUGAUGACUUGGACAGAGUGGAUGCAUGCGUCUUUUUCCCCACAGCUCGAACCAAGGAUCAUCAACGAUGGACUCAAUGAGUGCACAACUGAUUUAAAAGUCAUCAUCCACUUUGAUCAAUCUCAGGAUUCUGCCAGUCUGAAAGUGCCUGCGUCUUGCAACCCUGCUGAGCUGAUGGAACUGGCUAUGAGGAAAUGGUUGACCACUCAUGGGCACAAAGAGGAGGGAUGGAGAGGACAGUAUGUACUGAGAGUCAGCCAUUGCAUGGAGUUCCUCUGUGAAGACCAUGCUCUAUGUGAAUACAAGUACAUACGCACUUGCAUGAAGUCGAAGGAGUCUCCGCACCUUACCCUGGUCUCCACCAGCACAGUCAAGGCCAUGUUUGAAAAGGAAAUUACUGCCAUUGGAGCUGUAGUCAGUCGGAAGUCCUCUAACCCACCUUUGCCGCUACCUCCCAAAAAAAGGGUUCCCAUGCAUGUACAGACUUGCUUGUGGGACGUGCCAAACCCAUUUAAGAUAGUUCUACUGAAAGGCAGCAAAGUGAAUGCAGAGGAGACUGCUAAGGUUCAAGUCAGGGCCGGUCUUUUUCACGGAACAGAGCUGCUGUGCAAGCCAGCUGUGAGCACUGAGACCUGUGGACGUUCAGAGCACAUGUGGAAAGACAGCAUAUUAGAGUUUGACAUUUCUGUCUGUGACCUGCCGCGAAUGACACGUCUCUGCUUCGCCAUUUAUGCCGUCAUGGAUAAGGUCAAGAAGCAGAAGUCCACCAAAAACGCCCAUCCAAACAAGUACCAGACCAUUCGCAAGGCAGGAAAAGUGCACUAUCCCAUUGCCUGGGUGAACACAAUGGUGUUUGACUACAAAGGUCAGUUGAAGAUAGGUGAUAUCAUCCUUCACUGCUGGUCUUCAUUUCCUGAUGAACUUGAAGAGAUGCUGAACCCCAUAGGAACUAUUCAGACCAAUCCAUACACUGAAAAUGCCACAGCUCUACACAUCAAUUUCCUAGAAUACGCACCGCACCCCAUCAUUUUCCCUCCGUUUGACAAGAUCCUGGAAAAAGCUGCAGAAAUUGCCAGAGCAAGUGACUGUUCACCUAUGGGUCGUGGAGGUAAAAAGUUCUACAUUGAGCUGAAGGAGAUCAUGGGGCGAGAUCCUUUGUCCCAGCUGUGUGAGAAUGAGAAGGAUUUGAUCUGGACACUACGCUACGACUGCCGAGAAAAUUUUCCUCAGUCACUGCCCAAGCUGCUGCUCUCCGUCAAGUGGAGCAAACAUGAGGACAUGGCCCAGCUGCAAGCACUUCUUCAGAUUUGGCCCAAACUGUGUCCAAGAGAUGCGCUUGAGCUUCUGGAUUUUAACUACCCAGAUCAAUAUGUCCGAGAGUACGCUGUACGCUGCUUGUAUGAUAUGAGUAAUGAGGAGCUGUCACAGUACUUGCUACAGUUGGUGCAGGUGUUGCGCUAUGAGCCCUAUUAUGAUUGUGCCCUUACCCACUUCCUGCUGGAGCGAGCUCAGGGCAACCGCAAGAUAGGGCACUUCCUUUUCUGGCACUUACGGUCAGAAAUCCACAUGCCUGCUGUUUCGGUUCAGUUUGCCCUCAUGCUUGAAGCCUACUGUAGAGGCAGUAUCCCUCAUAUUGAGGUGCUAAAGAAACAGGUGGAAGCCCUGAGUAAGCUAAAAUCAGUGAAUGAGCUAAUCAAGCUGGGAACCAUGAAGAAUGCUCGGGGUAAGACAAAGGAGGCAAUGUUGACUAAGGAGGCUAUGAUGACUUGCCUUCGGCAGAGUGGCUACUCAGAGACUCUGUCUGACCUCCACUCUCCUCUAAAUCCCAACAUCCUGCUGUCAGGCAUGAAUGUGGAAAAGUGUCGCUACAUGGACUCCAAGAUGAAGCCACUCUGGAUUGUUUACAACAACAAGUUGCUGGCAGGAGACACGUUGGGAAUCAUCUUCAAGAAUGGGGAUGAUCUAAGGCAAGAUAUGUUGACACUGCAGAUAUUGAGGUUAAUGGAUUUGCUAUGGAAGGAGGCUAAUCUAGAUCUCAGGGUAGUACCAUAUGGUUGUCUAGCAACAGGUGACCGGGCAGGGCUAAUUGAAGUUGUGUCAUCGGCCAACACAAUUGCCAACAUCCAGUUGACUAGCUCCAAUGUUGCAGCCACAGCUGCUUUCAACAAGGAUGCUCUGCUCAACUGGCUCAAGGAACGGAACUCUGGUGAUGCUCUUGAUCGAGCCAUUGAAGAGUUCACACUGUCAUGUGCAGGCUACUGUGUAGCCACAUAUGUCCUCGGCAUCGGGGACCGCCACAGUGACAACAUCAUGGUCCGAAGCACAGGACAGCUCUUCCAUAUAGACUUCGGUCACAUCCUGGGCAACUUUAAGUCCAAGUUUGGCAUAAAGAGGGAGCGUGUGCCAUUCAUCCUCACACACGACUUUAUUCACGUCAUACAGCAGGGCAAAACUGGUUACACUGAAAAAUUUGGCAGCUUCCGUCAGUACUGUGAGGAGGCUUAUCUCAUCUUGAGGAAGAACGGGAACCUCUUCAUCACACUGUUUGCCCUCAUGCUGACCGCUGGCCUGCCUGAGCUCACUUCAGUCAAAGACAUCCAGUACCUCAAGGAUUCCCUGGCUUUGGGCAAAACAGACGAGGAGGCACUGAAACAGUUCCGCCAGAAAUUCGAUGAGGCCCUGAGGGAGAGCUGGACAACCAAAGUCAACUGGAUGGCCCACAAUGUCGCCAAAGACAACCGCUCCUAGAGCACCAGAGACGCGUUGAAGGCAACCACAUAACAGGCUCAUCCGCGCUAGCUCUUUUGGGUUGUGUGGUGGAUUUGACAUUUGUUAGAACAGAAUGGGCCCACGCUCUAACCACACCACUGAGGUCCUUUCCACAUUCCUUGAUUCCUUAAAGGACCAUCACACCAACAGGAAGUCCAUAAUGAGUGAUGCUGAAAGUGUACCCAACGACCCGUUUGUGGGCAGAUUGUAUUUUUUUAUUAUUAGAUUCCUUCUCUCGAUGCUCCAGGAUUAUGAGACUUUAAGGGAAGUGAGAAGCCUUCUGUUCCCAUUUUAAAAUGACUGACUUAAAACUGUUUGGACUAUUAAACACUGGAACAUUUUAAAAAGAAAUUGAGAUGGUUUUUUUUUUUUUGUUUGCUUGUGUUGGGUUUUUUUUGGUGCCUAACUCCAAUUAAGUCCAAAACAAGCAGUUACUACUAUCCCAAAACCUUUCAAUAGACUGCCACCCAAUGGCAGAUGGACUGAGAAAUACGAAAAAGCAACUGUGAUGUUGCUGGCCUUAUCCAUGAAUGUACAAAUGUUUUCCACACUUGUGAGUCUUUAUAUGGCCAAUUAUUUUGGAGUUAUUGUGAAACCCCCAAGCGUCAGUCUCUGUGUGCGUGUUCUGUGCAAUAUCCAUUGAGUACAUAAACCAUAUCUACAGUACAUUUAUAAAGCCCUCAGGCCUAAGCCUAUACUGUAAUGUUUUUUGUGUAUCAACUAUAGUUUAUACCACUAUGUAUCAACAGUCUGACACUGGAUAUUGUCAAAUGUACAGGCUUUUUUUCCUUUUUUUUUCAACAUGAGUUGUUUUUUUUUUUUAAAUAGGUUUUAUUAAUUAAAUGUUAUUUUCCACUGGGCUGUA